AUGGCCCACCUCCCAGCGAAGAAACUUAUUGAGAACGGCUUUUGCAGCAAAUCCCCGUCCGACCUAGCUUUGAUCUCAUUUGAACUCUUCGUACAAUUCGGAGAUCGAGGAGCGACAAUGCACGUCUCCGCACGACACAACUCAUGCAGCAAUGGCGAUGGGAUUUCAGCUCUCACCUUUCUUCGUGUAUUGAUGACGUGGAGCAGUUCCUACUGGAGGACAAUGACGAAAUCGCAGAGAAUCACAAUUUCUACAACGAUUUCCAUUCUUCUCGAUGUGCUGUCCAAUGCUCGAUCCGAUGACGAUGUGGCUUUGAACGGUGAGAAUCCGAGUCAAGAAACAAAUUCUGUUGGGCAGAAAGAGGAGAUGGAGGAGAGCGACUUCUCUGAAGAGAAAAUCGCAGCAGAAGACGAUCAGAUGAGCAAGAAAAGGAAAAGAUAUAAUACAUUCCCAAAUGAACUUGGCAUCACUCAACUCAACGGAAUGCUUGUCAUCUUGAUUUCUAUCAUGAGUCCUCAUUUGCAAACCAUUGUUGGAAGAAGCAAAGUGGUGAAGAUUCUAUUUUAUUUCCACCCUUCUCAUAUUUGUGGUCGUUUUAUCAGUUUUUUUUUUUCUUCUCAGACAGAUGAGAAAUAG